AUGUAUGGAGGCGUGUCGAUGAGAGUGACCCGUUUGGCUUACGUCCGGAGACGUGUCGAUGUGUAUGACCCGUUUGGCCUACAUCCGGAGAUGUGUCGAUGUGUGACCUGUUUGGCCUACGUCCGGAGACGUGUCGAUAAUAGUGGCCCGUUUGGCCUACGUCUGGAGACGUGUCGAUGA